CCGCCAUCUUGCUUCAUAUAGACCGCCCCCGCUCUCCAGAUAGACCGCUACCGUGCUUCAGUCAUGCCUGCUUUCCAGAAUCCAGUCGUGCCCAGCAAACGGAAAUCCGAAGCCGCAGACGGACCUGCGGCAAAGAGACGACAGUCAGAGAUCGGGUCGAGCUCGACAGAGGAGUAUUGGGUGGUUCAAUGGAGAAACCCUCAGACGAGGAAGCACAAGACAUGGGACGAAGACGGAGUCCUCCAGGUAGUUGGGAGCAAGGCCACCCUGUAUGAUAUGGACGGGAAAGCUGUGGGCUUCGGACGAGCCGACUUGCCUCUGUCAUCUGGCAAGAACUUCUCUGUCGGCGGCAAGGACCUCGAGCUCGACAGGGAGCUAACCAAGAGGGACUUCCUGUCCGGCUCCUGCUUCGGCAGCUCCACCUUCUCGGUGUCGACUCCCGUCGAGGCAUCACCCAUCCGAACAUCACACUCUGCAUACAAGGCCUUCAAGCCACCUACCAUUGGCAAGUCAUUCGCGCAGCCAUCGCGGGGCAUUCCCCUACAGCCUGUCAGCUUGCUGGCGACCUCGCAAUCCUCCUCGCAGGUGCGAAAUGAUGAUACUUCCUCGGACCAGAAGGAUGGGAUCUGGUCCGUUGCAUGGCGGAAGCCCGUCAACAAUAAGAAUAAGCAGACGUGGGAUGGGGACGCAUACGCCGAGAAGUCCGACGACAAGCUCACGCUCAUCUCCGAGGAGGGGAAGAUAAUGGGCUCCACAUCCUGCAAAGGGCAUCUCCUGUCUGAAGGCUACCGCAUGUACAUUGGCGGAAAGGAAGUGCGCUUCGAUGCCGUGAUGCCUCGCUCGCAGCUCCCGGACGCCGUACGUGAGCGCCUCAAGGACGCCGGGGAUGAUGAGGACGAUGUGGAAGUCGUUGCUGCGCCGACGCUGCCUGUCGUGAAGCCGCAGCCGAUGAAGCCGAUUGCGGCGGCGAAUUUCUAUGGCGCGCCGCCGAAGUCAAAGGAGCCGAAGCCGUUACACGAUCCGGCGGCGGAAGGAGCGAUUGUGAUGAAGGCGCCGACAAAGGACCAUAUCAAGAAGUUCAACAAGAAGGGUUUGCCUGUCGUUCCGGUCGUCAUUGAUCCUGUGCUCGGCCGUAGGCUUCGGCCUCAUCAAGUUGAGGGGGUGAAGUUCCUGUACGAGUGCGUCAUGGGCCUGCGGAAGCACGAGGGGCAAGGCUGCAUCCUUGCAGAUGAGAUGGGUCUCGGGAAGACUUUGCAGGUGGGGUGUAUGCGCAUCUCCCUCUUGCUUCAUCUGACGGUGCUUUGCGAAGACGAUCACCCUCGUAUGGACGCUGCUGAAACAAAAUCCGUUCUUCGGGCCCACGCCAGCGGUACAGAAGGUCUUGAUCGUAUGCCCAGUAUCCCUGGUGAACAACACACGAAGAACUGGAAGUCCGAGUUCCACAAAUGGCUCGGGCGCGAUCGCGUGGGUGUGACGGUUUGCGACAACAGCAACAAGGGAUUGCAGACGUUCUUGCAUGGAGGGAAGCACCAGCACGUCUUGAUCAUCGGUUAUGAGCGACUGCGGACCGUCGUCAACAAGAUCACGACGUGCAUCCCUCCUGUCGGGCUCAUUAUAUGCGACGAAGGGCACCGACUGAAGUCAGCGAACAACAAGACGACUACCAUGUUCAAGGCGCUCAAGACGCCGAGACGUGUGAUCCUGUCCGGGACGCCUAUCCAGAACGAUCUGAGCGAGUUCCACGCCAUGGCUGACUUCUGUAAUCCGGGUUUGCUGGACGACUACCAGACCUUCCGUCGCGUGUAUGAGAUACCCAUCGUCAAGAGCCGAACCCCGGAGGCGACCCCAAAGGAGCUCGAAAUUGGCGAAGGGCGGCUCGCUCAGCUGCUCACCAUCUCGAACAGCUUCGUCCUACGCAGGGAUGCCGGCUUGCUUGGCAAUUACCUGCCUCCCAAGCAUGAACACAUUGUCUUCGUCAAACCGACCCAGCUGCAAAUUUCCAUGUACCAGAAGAUCCUGCACCCGGACAAGGUCGAUGACUUCGUGAACGGGUCGCAGGCGGAUACGUUGGCGUUGUUGAACACCUUGAAGAAGGUGUCGAAUAGUCCGAUCCUUGUGAAGGCGGCGCAUGAUAAGGAUAAGGAGAGCUCGAGGACUAGUAUUGCGAAGAGUGCGGUGGCGGAUGCGGUGACGGUUCUGCAGCCGGACGCGAGGGUGGACGAUAUGACUUUGAGUGGCAAGCUGAUCCUGGUGUCGAAGCUGUUGAAGUACAUCUAUGAGCACACGGACGAGAAAGUCGUCUUCGUGUCCCAUUAUACUUCUUCACUCAACAUCCUGUCGGCCUACUGCGACCGCAAGCGAUACAAGUACAACCGUCUGGAUGGCAAUACCCCGCCUGCUAAGCGCCAGGAAUACGUCAACCAGUUCAACAAGUCUACGCAGAGGAGCAACUGUGCCUCGAGGCUCAUCUUGUUCGAUUGUGACUGGAAUCCUAGUUACGACUUGCAGUCUGCAGCUCGUUGUCAUCGCGAUGGUCAGAAGCGGCCUGUGCACGUCUACCGUUUCAUGACGGCUGGCCUCAUAGAUGAGAAGAUCUACCAGCGUCAGGUCACGAAGUUGGGACUAAGCAGUUCUCUCAUGGGAUCGGAGUCGUCCAAGGACAAGAGCGACUCGUUCACGCGGAAAGACCUUCGCGAUAUCUUCCGCGUCUACGCCGACACCGGCUGCAAUACGCAUGACCUUCUGGACUGCUCGUGCGAGGCAGACAUGCCACCAGCUUCUCCCGAAGACGAAGGGUCCCCGGAUGAGGACGAGUCCGAGGAAGAAGACGGCGAGGAGCGGAAGGGGUUCCUACCUGCCUCGCAGGUUAAACCCAAAGACAUCAGCAAGGCCGACAAAGCGGACCUGCAGAAGAAGAAGGCUGCCCUGGCGGCCUUGGGAGAGUUCAAGCAUAUCAACUGCUUGGGCCCCGGCGCUGAGAACAUGUCGGACGGCGUGUUGCGAAGCUUGCUGUACCGGCCACCUCCGACGGAAGCCUCGGCACCCAAAUCUCAGCUGGAGACUUUGCUGUCCCUCGAUCUCGCCACGAUUGACGCGAUGGAUGCUAGCAAGAAGUUCCAAUCGCUUCCCGGGGGUACAAUUACUUACGUCUUCGAGAAGACUGCAUCGACGACGCCGGAGGACGUGCCGAUGAAGGAGGCCUAGAGGGUUACAGUACUUAGCUUGUAUACGAGAUGUACUUGGUGUACUAAUGCCCGGCUGCUGCGCUGCUUGCUGUCGACAUGGAUCGGACUUCAG